AUGACUUCCUCAUCCGAAAAAACGCUAUUCUAUACCCUCACCAUCCAGACCCUAUUCCUUACCCUUGCCGUUGUCUUCAUCGUCUUGAUAUGCGCAUGGAUCGCGUAUCUUCUCGGCAACGGCAGCCUUCGUCAUGUCCCCGGUCCAUGGUAUUGCAAGGUCUCCAGCAUUCCACUGAGUAUAUAUGAGAUAUUAUGUCGUCGCAAUGACAUGAUUCUUGACCUGCACAAGAAGUAUGGACCUAUAGUCCAGGUCUCACCAAAUGAGGUAUCUGUGGCCGACUUUGAAGCCACCAAACAGAUUUAUGGAACAAAGGAUCGUUGGGCCAAGAGCGACUAUUUUGACCAUUUUAUGGGGUAUGGCAGGCGUUCCAUAUUUGCGACCAAGCCCUAUGAGGGCCAUCGGAUCAAGCGCAAGUACACUUCAUCAUUCUACCAAGCAAAAACUAUAUACAAGCUUCCAGAGAUUGAGGAGCAUGUCAAGUCUCGCUCUCUAUCUGUGCUUGAUCAAGUCCUAAACGGCGAAGAUGUUGAUGUUUUCAGUCUUACGUCGUGGUACGCACUGGAUAACAUAACCUUCUUGGUUUUCGGACCAAAUCACAGAACUCAUGCGGUGGACCAGAUGUGCACAGAACGUGGAAUCCUUGAGGGCUUGAAGCAUCAACAGUUCGUCGGCCCGCUUCGGUACAGGUGCCCAUGGCUGUAUAAUCACGCUUCUCUCCUCCUGCAGAGAGUUAGCUCUCGGCUACGGUACCUUUCAGCAGAUGAGGAAUUCCCGGCUUGGUGCCAGAAGAAGUUCUUCGCUGCUCUCAAGGACCUGCAGUUACAUGAAUCGCACUCUCUGGUACGUUAUCUUUGGGAACUCAAAGCGGAUGAUGCACAUAACGGGUCAAUCGAUGUUGCAUAUAUGGCAGCAGAAGUCCUCGACAACAUCGACGCUGCCGAGGCCACUAUUGCAGUGACGGCAACAUAUCUCAUCUGGAAACUGACCGAGGCGCCAGAGUGGCAGGACAAGAUACGCCAAGAGCUGUCUGUCUUGCCGAAGCAAGACGAUGGAUAUCCGUCAUUCGCAGAUAUCGAUACUCGGGUUCCGUCACUCGAGGCAUGUCUCCGUGAGGUUUACCGCAUGCACCCAUCCUCAAGUGGGAAGAACGAAAGAGUGGUGCCUUUGGGAGGCCGCGCACUGGCAGGAGUGUUUAUACCGGAGCAUACCGUUGUCACAUCCUCAGUUCUUGCGUUGCACUAUGAUGGAGAGGUCUACUCUGACCCUGAUAAUUUCCUCCCACGCAGGUGGAUCGACGGGAGUGAAGAGCAGCGAAAGGUUCUUGAUGCACAGUUAGUCCCUUUCGGCUAUGGAGGAAGAAUCUGCUUGGGAAAGGCGUUGGCUACUAUGGAACUCAAGCUACUCAUAGCGAGUCUGUAUCUUGAGCAUGAGAGCGUGGCAACAUUGGCGACCAAUGCUGAGUCCAUGAACCAGUGUAGCACCCAUGACGCGGUACCAAGAGGGCUAAAAUGUGAAGUCAGGUUCAGAAAGAUGAAGGAUAAUGUAGCGCUGGAAUGA